GCUUUCAGCGGCAGUCGCCGCGAAGCUUCGUUCGUGUUCACAGCUGUCGAGGCGCCACAAUCCGUAACCCGUAGAUUACUAAAACCAAAGGCAGGUUAUCAAAUGAGAUUGGGUUUCGCCUCAGUCUUAAAGUUACUCAUAAAAAUCGCCGCUAAGUCAAGGUUAUACUAAAAUUAAGAAACAAACUACGAUGAAUGGGUAUAGGAACCUUUGCCAUUUGGUAGUAUUGGCCGCCCUUUUCACUUUAAGUGCUAAAGGGGCUCCGCAGCAAGACUCAACCGCUGAGAAAAACAUUCAAGAAAUAUUCAACACCAAUCCAAGUAUCCCAUCGAACAAUCCACCUUUAACACGGCCAUCUAGUGGAAUUGGAGUAGUAGUAACGCCAGAGCCAAUAGAUCCCUCCAGUCCACUGACGAAUUUUAACUCGAUCAGCGGAAAGACGGCUACGUGCAAUUGUGUUCCUUAUUACAAAUGUGACCCGUCUACCAACAGUGUAACGGAGGACGAGACCUUUGACGGAUUCGGUGUAAUCGAUAUCCGCUUUAACAAUGACGAUCCAGUCUGCCCCUCCUCCGUGGACAUAUGUUGCGAUGGCAAUAGAACACGUAGCGAGACGCUGAACCCGACGCCGUUGGAUAAACGACCGAACCAGCCUCGGGGCUGCGGCAUUCGCAACGUUGGCGGUUUGGAUUUUACGCUCUCCGGUGUAACCCAGAACGAAGCUGGUUUUGGUGAGUUUCCAUGGACAGUGGCACUGCUGCAUUCUGGAAAUUUCAGCUAUUUCUGUGCCGGUUCACUGAUACACCCACAAGUGGUUCUGACUGCGGUGCACUGCGUCGAGACUCAUGCUCCGGGUAGCUUCAUGGUGCGAGCUGGCGAGUGGGACUCUCAAACAACUAAAGAGCGUCUCCCCUAUCAAGAUAGAGUCGUGCAACGCAUCAUUACACAUCCGCAAUUCAAGGCUCGAAACAUAGCCAACGAUUUUGCGCUUGUAGUUCUCGCUCAGCCAGUUACUUUGGACGAUCAUAUCAAUGUGGUCUGCUUGCCACGACAAGGUGAAAGCGCCGCACCUUCCAUUACCUGUACUUCCACUGGCUGGGGCAAGGAUGUAUUUGGAUCUCCCGGAAAAUAUAGUGUAAUAAUGAAAAGUGUGCCGUUGCCUGUCGUGGACUUUAAUACUUGCCAAACACGGCUGCGCAACACGCGACUUGGCCCUAAGUUCGCCUUGGAUAAGUCAUUUAUGUGCGCCGGCGGUCAGCGCGGCGUGGACACCUGCCAAGGCGAUGGUGGCGCACCACUUGCCUGCCCCAUAGGACUCGCCUCAGAGAAUCGUUAUCAACAGAGCGGCAUUGUGGCCUGGGGAAUUGGCUGCAACGAUGAGGUGCCAGCGGCAUAUGCUAACGUUGCACUGGCCCGAGACUGGAUUGAUCAGCAAAUGUUGGCCAAUGGUUUCGGCACAUCGGUGUAUACCAUUUGAUUACUUUCCGAGCCUAUACUUUUCGGUUCAUUAUUAUAGACAAAUUAUAUUUAAUAAAAUGAUAAAAAUAUAAAA